AUGUCAGACGCAGAAGAAGAAUACGAGGAUCAGACAGUGGAGGUUGAGGAGGAGCAGGAGCCUGAGCAGCAGGAGGAGGAGGAGGAGCAGGCGGAGGAAGAUGGAGGAGAGCAACAAGAAUAUCAAGAUCAAGAUGCCCAGGAGGAAGAAGAAGAGCGCCCCAAGCCCAAACCCAUGGUGCCACAACUUGCUCCCCCAAAGAUUCCUGAAGGAGAGAGGGUGGAUUUUGAUGACAUCCACAGAAAACGUAUGGAGAAAGACUUACUGGAGCUACACACUCUGAUCGAUGUACACUUUGAGCAGAGGAAGAAGGACGAGGAAGAACUCAUUGCUCUUAAGGAACGAAUUGAGCGUCGUCGUGCAGAGAGAGCUGAGAUCCAGAGGGUUAGAGCAGAAAAGGAGAAGGACAGACAGAACAGAAUUGCGGAAGAGCGUCACAGAAAAGAAGAAGAGGAGGCCAAGAGAAAAGCUGAUGAUGAUGCAAAAAAGAAGAAAGUGCUGUCUGGGAUGGGGGCGAACUUUGGAGGCUUCCUGGCCAAGGCAGAGUCGAGGAAAGGGAAGCGUCUGACAGGCAGAGAGAUCAAGAAGAGAACUCUGGCUGAUAGACGGCAGCCACUAGCCACCGACACUCUGAGAGAGGACGGGCUGAAGCAACGGGCCCAAGAAAUGUGGAACUGGAUCUACCAGCUGGAAUCUGAGAAGUUUGAUUUCAUGGAGUGCAUGAAACACCAGAAAUAUGAGAUCAUUGUGCUACUGAACAGAAUCCAACAUGCCCAAAAAUUCAAAAAAGGCCACGGCAAAGGAAAGGUUGGCGGUCGCUGGAAGUAAAUCCGGGAAAUUCCAGAAAGGAAAACCACAGGACAGAUGACAGGGGAGAAAAAAAUGAAGUCGCUGUGGGAAUUAAACAUUUCUUCUCCGUGCUUCUCUAGUAUCAAAGCCUUUCUGCCUUCAUUUUAAGAAUGUGGUAGAUAUUAUAUCUCACUGCAAAUGGAUAAUAAAAUAUAUGCACUGUGUUUUGAGUAGCAUCUUGA